AUGUCGAUCCGCCGCCUGGGCGCUUCGGAUUUUCGUGGAGUCCGCGAGCGCCGCUCCGGCGCCUUCUCCUCUGAGAUCUGGUUUCGCGAGAAACGUCUCAUCCUCGGCACCUUCGACACCGCAGCGGAGGCGGCCCGCGCGCACGACGCGGCGGCGUGGCGCCUCCGGAGGCCUCGUCGGGAUAUGAAUUUUCCCAACGUGUCGAGCCAGCGGGCGCAGGAUCUGGCGCCUCUCCCGCGGCUUUUCACCGACGAGGAUCGUCGUGUCCACCGGAGGCGGCAGCGUCGCCUCGCCAUCGCAGAGAAGGACGUGGAAGCCUUGGUGGUGUGGCGCGGAGGCUUCCCGCAGGACAUCGUCGACGAGCGCCAGUUCUACAAGCAAUUGAGGUUGGAGAGGUACGCGAGGAGGAGGGAGCGAGCCGCCUAUCGGGAGGACAAGCGUUCGCGGAAGCACGCAGCUCAAUUGAAACUGAAGCUACGAGAAAAGUCGGGUUGGAACUUUGAAGACGAGCAACUUGCUGACGCCUACAUUCAGACGUCGGAGGAGGACAUUACCGAGUCGGAGUCAGAAAGCGACGAGUAG